CUAUUAAUGAAGUGAAAACUUACAAAAGAGAAGAAGUGUUAGUUCCUAUUUUAAAGAAAAAAGGAGCUAAGAAAAAGAAUAGAAAAUAUACUUAUAAUUUGAUAAUUUCUAGUUCUUCACCAAGGUUCAAAUUCUCAAGUACUAUUCCAAUGAAGCAAAAACCUACAAAAAAAAAAGUGUUAGUUCAAA